CCUUGCUUUUUAUGGCAUCCCUAUAUUCCACACUUUUUUAAUUCGUAGAAUAUUUUAUUUACUUGUCUCCUUUCCUUUUUUUACGGCAUGCACAUGCAUUGGGGCAUAAUGUCCAUAUAAAAAGUAACAUGUAUUUAUUGCCUCGGACUGUAAGUCGUCAUCUACAUUUUUAUUUCACUUCCAAAGUAUAUAAGUGUACAAAGCUAUUUGUUGUUGUUUACAAACUUGUAAUUCAUGUUUCAAUGAACUUUUAUCAUAGUAAAUCAGUGUACCAAGUUUCAUUGUUAGAGGACCCACCAUAAGCAAGUUGUAGGCACAAACAUCAUUUACAAG